AUGAUGGGUUACGAGCAGAUGAAUCAGAUAACAGUGACAACUGCGAUGAUGAAGAAUUUCAACAAUCAGAUGGGACCAAUCAGAUCACAUAAGAAAACGACGAGGAGAACUGUAGCGACCAUUAAUGGUGGUGCGGCAGUGACAGCUGCGACGGCUGGAGAAGGAGAUAGCCGACUGAAUCUCACCGGCAUGUCCUUGGCUUCUCUCUCAGCAUCUUCUAUCGACCUAGCUUCCAUCUCUAAACUCGAUCUCUCCAACAACAAUAUUCAGCAAAUUCCGGAAUCUCUUGUGGCAAGAAUGCUAAAUUUGUGGGAAUUAGAUUUGCACUCCAACCAGCUCAAAACACUUCCCAACUCCAUUGGAUGUCUUUCCAAGCUUAAGGUUCUUAAUGUCUCGGGAAAUAAUCUACAAUGUCUCCCGGAAACUAUCAAAGAUUGCAAAUCGCUGGAAGAGCUGAACGCCAACUUCAACGAACUGACCAGUCUUCCAGAGACUAUAGGGUUCGAGCUAACGAAUCUGACGAAGCUCUCAGUGAACUCAAACAAGCUUGUCUUGUUACCAAGCUCCCUCAGCCACUUGACGUCGCUGCGUGUGCUCGACGCCAGACUUAACUGCCUUGUAAUGCUUCCUGAUGAUCUAGAGAACCUCGUGAACCUUCAAGUCCUUAACGUUAGCCAGAACUUCCAUCACUUGAAGGCGUUACCUUACUCCGUUGGGUUGCUGAUGUCUCUCGUGGAGCUUGACGUUAGUUAUAACGGAAUUAUGGUUUUGCCUGACUCCAUCGGAUGCCUUCGCCGGGUUCAGAAGCUCUCCAUCGAGGGCAAUCCCCUCGUCUCCCCACCUUUGGAAGUGGUGGAACAGGGUGUAGAAGCAGUGAAGCAGUACAUGAGCGAGAAGAUGACCGAGUCUUAUAAAAAAACUCCAAUGAAGAAAAAGUUGCGGGGCGCCAUUGGUACGGUGGUCAAGUUCAGAACCUUUCACGGCCUGAGAUCAUCUUCGGGGAGGAUAACCGGCGAUAGGGUGGGAGGCUUCAUCAACGUCUCCGAUUACCGUCAAAUCAACGGAAUCGCUUCCCCGAGACAUGUGUCCCACUUCAACCCACUACGUCUCUUGUCUCCAGUCUCCUCUUAUUUCUCUCCUCCAAGGCAUUAG